CAGCUGCGCCAUCAUCUGUUAACCUCAGAGACAGAGCAGAAUAAUCAGACGGAACGUGAUUUUUUAACAUCAUCUGCGCUUAUCGUGUGUAUAUUUAAUUAAAAAAAAAAAAAAAAAAAAAAAAAAAACAUAAAAGAAAAAAGUUGCUUUUAGAGAGGCGUACACAGGGGAUAUGGGAAUGAAUUGACCAGCCGUGCUUCAGGGCUUCAGUAAAAGUUGUGCACAAAGCAAUGUGGUGCGAAUAAGAUCUUGCUACAUUGGAACUUGAGAAUUUAGAUAAUGGGCUGUGUGCAAUGCAAGGAUAAAGAAGCAGCAAAACUAACAGACGAGAGGGACACCAGUGGAACCCCCAGCGCAGGCUAUCGCUAUGGUGCCGACCCCACACCCCAGCACUACCCCGGCUUCGGCAUAGCCACAAUUCCCAACUUCAACAAUUUCCACGCACCCGUUGCUCAGGGGGUGACUGUCUUCGGGGGGGUGAACUCCUCCUUGCACACUGGGACCCUGCGCUCGCGGGGCGGGACAGGGGUUACUCUAUUUGUGGCACUUUAUGACUAUGAAGCCAGAACUGAGGAGGAUCUUAGCUUUAGGAAAGGAGAGAAGUUUCAAAUACUGAACAGCACUGAAGGGGACUGGUGGGAGGCCCGGUCUUUGACGACAGGAGGAACCGGCUACAUUCCCAGCAAUUAUGUGGCUCCUGUGGACUCUAUCCAAGCCGAGGAGUGGUACUUCGGUAAACUUGGCCGUAAAGAUGCCGAGAGACAGCUCUUAUCCAGUGGGAACUCCAGAGGUACCUUUCUUAUCAGAGAGAGCGAGACCACCAAAGGUGCCUUUUCCCUCUCCAUACGUGACUGGGAUGACAUUAAAGGAGAUCAUGUUAAACACUAUAAAAUUCGCAAGUUAGACAGUGGUGGGUAUUACAUCACAACCCGAGCCCAGUUUGAAACGCUUCAGCAGCUGGUGCACCACUAUUCAGUGCGCGCUGCCGGUCUGUGCUGUCGCUUAGUGGUGCCCUGCCAUAAAGGAAUGCCGAGGCUGGCUGACCUGUCUGUCAAAACCAAAGAUGUGUGGGAGAUCCCUCGGGAGUCCCUGCAGUUGAUAAAGAGGCUCGGGAAUGGGCAGUUUGGGGAAGUUUGGAUGGACAAAGCUGAUGGUUUGUGCUUUAAUUUAAUCACUGUGUGCCUGAAUAAUACACCACAAACGGUUGGACUGACUAAAGAUGCAUGGGAAGUUGCAAGAGAAUCUCUUCUUUUGGAAAAGAAACUGGGGGCGGGAUGUUUUGCUGAUGUGUGGUAUGGCACCUGGAAUGGCACCACUAAAGUGGCUGUGAAGACCCUGAAGCCGGGCACCAUGUCUCCAGAGUCCUUCCUGGAAGAGGCUCAGAUAAUGAAGAAGCUGCGGCACGACAAGCUGGUGCAGCUGUACGCUGUGGUGUCCGAGGAGCCCAUCUACAUCGUCACAGAGUACAUGAGCAAAGGAAGUUUGCUAGAUUUCUUGAAAGAUGGAGAAGGGAGGGCACUGAAGUUGCCAAAUCUAGUGGACAUGGCAGGACAGGUUGCUGCUGGCAUGGCUUACAUUGAGAGAAUGAAUUACAUCCAUCGAGAUCUGCGGUCCGCCAAUAUCCUGGUGGGGGACAACUUAGUGUGCAAGAUUGCUGAUUUUGGGUUGGCAAGACUGAUAGAGGACAAUGAGUACACUGCUCGACAAGGUGCAAAGUUUCCAAUAAAAUGGACCGCUCCAGAGGCUGCACUCUACGGCAAGUUCACAAUCAAAUCAGAUGUCUGGUCCUUUGGAAUUCUCCUUACAGAAUUAGUGACAAAAGGACGCGUACCUUACCCAGGAAUGAAUAACCGCGAGGUGCUGGAGCAGGUAGAGCGGGGAUACAGGAUGCCCUGUCCCCAGGACUGCCCCAGCUCACUUCACGAGCUCAUGGUCCAGUGUUGGAAGAAGGACCCCGAAGAGAGACACACCUUUGAAUAUCUGCAGGCCUUUCUGGAAGACUACUUCACCGCGACCGAGCCCCAGUACCAGCCUGGAGAGAACCUCUGAAGCCCCCUCCCUCCCCUUUGUUUGUUCACUUUCAGACAGUGCUCUUCAGGUGCAUCCCUUGUAGCUUCCAGUGCCAUGACUUUUUGCCUAAAAAAGGGGAAAUUGCCCAAACCUGCAAAAUAUGAGACGUGUACAGCAUCCAGUGAUUUCAACCUUUGCCACCACCCUUUUAAACACCUGAAAAAAUGAGAAUGGCUAAAGGACAGUUUGACCAAGAGGUGUUGAGGGUACUUUUUUUUGGGAAACGGUUGGGGAAUAUGAAGUGAUUAUAAAGAUGAAAUGCCUAUAUUCAAUGUAAAUAGUAUUUGCUUGUUUACUUCUACCUUUGGUCUUGUGGGUUUUUUUUUGGUUUUUUUAAACAAUUAAAGUUAAUUUUUUCUAGACUUCAAGUCUUGAUGUAUAAGGAAUCCACUGCUCUUACUUUGGCUUUUUGUAAACUCUUUGCAUUUAAGUUAAUGUUGCAAUAUUAUGCUAGAUAAGAUGCUCUGUUGCCUCAAUUCCCAGUUUAAAAAAAAAACAAACAAAAAAACACUGCUUUCCAGAGACGCUUUUACUGCAAUUUUAAAAAGAAAUCUCUUGUUUUAUUUUAUUGUCCAGUCAAUAACUUGCAGAUGUUUACUUUUGCCAUUCGUGUGGUAUUGGAUUCAAGCAUGACAACGUCCUCAAAUAAUAUUGCACUGCUUUUAAUUUUGUUUGACUGUUUCCUUCUUAAAGUAAAUAGAUGUAUAGCUAACGUUGUAGCAAUGUUAUUUUAAAAAAUAACUACAUUUAUAUUACAACCAAAUGUAAGAAUGAUUUAUUUUCAACAUCGCUCUCCCUUAAAAAGGUCAGACCAUACAGAAUGGUAACUGUCAUUUUAACUGGAAUAGUGGAAGAGUACUUCUCUCCACUGCAAGUAUGUAUACUGAACUGAUAUGAGGUCUUUUUAAAAGAUGCAUGAUUGCAUUUAAUCGUCUUAUUAUACCUUGUACAAAGGGUAACGUUUUGAAUCAUUCCAACUUGUGUUCGUUCUUUAGUUUUAUACAUAACAAAAGAAGUGUUUACAAGCUGUGCUCCUUGCAAUCCGUGUCAUCAUGAUCCUCUGUAUCUGCUUCAAUCACUGUGUUACCAUGCCUACCUUUCUGAAACCGCAGAUACAGCACCUCUCCAUUGGAAAACCACUUGGCUGACCAUAUUUAUCAGAUCAAACUUUUGUUACAUU